UGUGUCAACGCAAGAAAAAAAGAUGCAUGAUCCGAAAAGGAUCUCGCCAAAACCAACACACACACACCCACACAAGGUUGUGCAGAGGACUGUCCAUAAGGCCCAGCCUUUUGCCGUCGUCGUCGUCAUCGUCCUUUAGUCGUCAUCGUCCUCGACUUAUCUUCUCUCAUCUACCACCACAGAGACUCUCAAAAUGCCCAAGACACACAACAGAGAUCUCCCGCUUUUGCCCAUGGCCCUUUUCAAUCCCCACCUUCCACCCAUUAAGAUACCCCGUCGCUUCCUCUCGAUUCCCAUUUUUUUCUUCUCAUCUCGUCUUCGUUGCAUCUAUCCAUGCAUCCAACAAACGUCUAUAA